CGUCUGUCCGACAGUGCAAGUUGGAACUGGUGGUCGGAAGUCCGGCGUCAUGCAUGGACCUCGAGCUCUAUACUCCGGACGACAAGUUUCUGAUGAAGCUGGACAGUGAUGAGUCCCUGCUGGGGUCGUACCCCAUUGAUGACGGGUGCCGGAUCCAUGUUAUCGACAGAAGUGGGGCGACUCUUGGGGAAUACGAAGAUGUGUCGAGGGUAGAGAAGUUCGAGAUACCGGAUGCCGAAUAUGAGAAAAGAACAGAUUCCGCACGUUCCUUUAUGAAGCGCAGCAAGCUGGGCCAGUACAACAAGGAGGAAAUGUUGAAGAGGGAAAUGGAGCAAGAGCAGAAGUUGGCGGAGGAGAAGGCCCUGGCCGAGGCCAUCGCUGUGGGCGUGCGGUGUGAGGUGCGGGCCUCGGGGCAGCCCAGCAAACGGGGCACUGUGAUGUAUGUAGGCCUAACAGAAUUCAAGCCUGGCUACUGGAUUGGCAUCAAGUAUGACGAGCCUCUGGGGAAGCACGAUGGCAGCGUAAACGGAAAGCGGUACUUCGAGUGUCAGUCCAAGUAUGGCGCCUUCGUGAAGCCGCAGCACGUCACGGUGGGGGAUUUCCCCGAGGAGGACUAUGGACUGGACGAUGAGAUGUGACGGGGAGAGGCGACGGGGUGGCCAAAGGCGGCGGAGAGGAUCGCAACGGCCCCUGUUGGCGCGACUGCCCCCGUUGCCGCCGUUUCUCUGGCGUGUCGCGGCGGCGCUUCUGGUUGCAUGUCGGAGGGCGACCCAGAGGGAGAAGACAUGAAAGCCGCUGUGUGUCCUUUGACUUGUGUUUGUGGUUUUUCUUUUCCUUGGUUGUCUGUUUAGUGAAGAUGCCGCAUCCCUUGAGUUUUGUCACAUCCACACCCUUCUGUACCUUUCUGGUAACACAGAGAAUAUUGGCGCUCCUUUG